CUCUCUCUCUCUCUCUGUGUGUGUGUGUGUGCGCUGUGGGGCCGGGAGUGUGGCGCAGGCGCAGUGUGGACCUGAGUCAGUCCCAGGGAGAGGCGGAGAGGCGGCGGCGCCCGUCCAGAGGCCCAGUCCGGGAGAUUUCGAUGACUGUCACAGAUUCCAGUCUAUCGAGCAUGACGCAGAGUGACUGUGUUCCUUCUGAUGCCAUAGGGAGAAGGAUCGUCUGCAGGGAAGAAUACGGGACUGUGCGAUUUGUUGGAAAAGUACCGCCAACGGAAGGAAUCUGGCUUGGAGUGGAAUGGGACAAUCCUGAAAGAGGAAAGCAUGAUGGAACUCACGAAGGCAAUCACUACUUCAAGUGCAGCCAUCCCACAGGUGGGUCGUUUAUUCGCCCUCAGAAGGCUAGUUUUGGAGUUGAUUUCCUUUUUGCACUGAGAGAUCGCUACGGACUGGAAGGGAAUGAGGGAAUAAAGGACAUGCGGGGAAAUCCACUUCACUGGGGGAAAAAGCCUGUUGAAUUUUUGGGACCUAAAAGUUUAACAGUCAAACAAAGGCGGUUUGACACAUUGAGAAACAUUUCAUUGCGAGCGUGCCAAGUGUUCCAUGCUGGUGAAGAGGAAGAAAUAUGCAAUAUCUGCCCCAAUAUCACACAACUAGAUUUGUCCAAGAAUCUGUUUGUUUCCUGGGAUAAAGUAGCACAAAUUAGUCGUCACCUAGAAAGACUUGAAGACCUUGAUCUCAGUGAAAACAUGCUAUCUAUUUCUGCCAAUCCGGUAUCUCUUUCACAAGCAUUUGCCAACCUACAGACAUUAGCCAUUCAACAUAAUGGAUUGACGUGGACCCAGGUUCUGCAAUGCGCUUCAAUGUGGCCAGUCCUUGAAAGAGCAUAUCUGUCAUCCAAUGAAAUCUCUGUGUUAGAAAGACCUGUGGGUGUUUUACAGUCCUUGGAAUUAUUGGAUCUCAGCUCAAAUCCAUUGACUGAUGAAAAUCAACUGGUACAUAUUGCUUACUUGCCAAGGUUACAGCAUCUUCUGUUAUCAAACACUGGAUUAACCUCAAUACAUUUUGAUGAUGUUGGACCAGGUGAUAAAACAUCAAUGUUUCCCAAACUGACCUUCCUAGCGAUUGAUCAGAACAGAAUCUCUAAGUUUUCAUCCAUCAAUGAAUUAGACAAGUUACAAACCUUGGAUCAGCUGAAGUUUGGUGACUAUGAAAUGGUGGAGUCUGAGGAGAGCCCACAGACCGUGAGACAAUUCAUCAUUGCAAAAGUGGGCCAGCUGAAAAUGUUAAACAGAUCCGAGAUUUCAUCUGACGAGAGAAAGGGAGCAGAACUAGACUACCGCAAGCGAUACGGGACGGACUGGUUGAAAGCUGGAGGACAUCAAGAUCCUGAGAAAAACAAGCCUAAUCAGGAAUUCCUUGCUGAGCAUCCUAGAUAUCACAUACUUAUUCAGAAGUAUGGAGCUCCUGAAGAUGCUGAGUUGAAGCAGAAAAAGUUUUUUGCAUUGAAAGACCAGCUAUUAGCUCUGACCAUCAAAUGUCCAGACAACCCAGUCCUGAAGACAUUUGAAAAGAAGCUGCCAGACUCCAUGAUCAUUCAGAAAGUGAGAGGAUUGCUGCAUCGGCUCUUCAAAGUUCCUGGCACUGAACUAAAAUUAUCUUAUGUCAGCUCCAAGAUGAUAAAAGAAAUUGAGAUGGAUAAUGACUUGAAGCCUCUUUCAUACUAUUCAAUAGAAAGUGGAGAUUGUGUGUUGGUACGAUGGUAGCCAAGAGAAACCGAGUUGAUGGUUUUGUGGAUACAACCCUGUGUGCAGAGUUCUUCCCAGCUCAGAAGCUUGGUCCCAUCACUGUGGUGCAGAUGCACAUCAUCCUGAAGGAAGCAUGCUCUAACAGUGGUUUUGGUGAAAGUACUGUCUUACUCAGACCUCAACAAUUCUAAAUAACCCGCUGAGGGUUUUUUCCUCCUUUCACCUUCCCCCAACUGUGAAGAUACAGAUUGUGGUCCCUGUUACGGUAGAAUGCAAAUUAUAAAUUGCAGUCAUCUCUAAAUUGCUCUUCUGGUAAAAGGAAACAUUAUUGAAUGUUUGAAUAUUCACCAAUUUCUACACAGGAUAUUUUGCCACAUCUAAAUUAUUUUUUCUCCAGCCCAUACAAACAAAAUCCAAGUGCAUUUUUAUGGAACUUACUAGGAAAGUUGAGAUUCCUAAGUUUAUUCUCAAACUGUGAUUGAUGUAAAUGUUCUGACCAUUUCUAAUUUACAGUAAGCUAAAAGGUUCAAUUUUCAAAUGUCUCUUGGUGGCUGCAGCCUUUUGGUUUGUAACUUUAAUAUGUUGGACUCUACUUCAGAGAGCCUGGGCUUGAAUCAAAGUCUUUACUGGUAUUCAGUUUGCUCUGAGAGUUUGGAAGAUUUCUAGCUGAGCCUUUCAAUGGAAUGCUUGGUUUUAUUGGAGGAAUCAGCCACCCAACCCUUCCCAUUGUUGUAAGGUGUGAAACACCAUUGCCAGUGGCUACUCACAAACCGGCCCUCGCUUCUCCAGAAUGGAUUGUUGCAUAAAGUGGAAACACUUUAUCAAAGGUUUUUGCAUUAUUUUAUGUUUGGAGAUAUAACUUCAGAAAUUCACAAUAUGGAAGGCUAAUCUAUUUGAAAGAGAAAUUCAUUCAAAAGUAACUUUUCUGGUCUAGUUAUGAAAAUCUGUUCAUGCAGUAUGUUAGAGAAUGCAAAAAUUAAACACUGCUACAAAUAAACUGACCUAGAAUGUAGGUGUGAAUGAAAGAGAGAGGGAGAUGAGAAUGUGUGCUGAUACUUGUCACUGCAGAAGCUGUUGAGGUUGGGUUAUGUUUCACACCAGUGCAGGACAAGGAAAUGCUGAAAGGAUAAUAGGGUUUUAGGAGGCUCUGUGGAGCAGAUGUAUUUCAUUUUUUAUUAAUUUACAAACCAUCACUGCUCUUAUAUUUCAUCACUAAAGCAACUAUGCAGAAUGUAGCAGAGACUCUUCCUCUAACAGAGAGGGAAGGCUGCACUGCUGCAACUGGCACUCAAAAUAGACGCUUGACAACCUGGUCUAAUAUUAACAGUGACCAUAUUUAAAGGGUUUCAACAAUUAAAUCACAUCAAACUUAGUUGUUUUCGCCUUAAAACAAUGACACUGAUUGACACCAAUAACUUUAAUAUCCAGAUUUACAUUUCAAAAUAACAGAUAGUUUGAAAACAUGAAAUCUGGAAUUUUAUUUCACUGGUGAGGACAACUCUGAUAACUGAGUUACUCAGUGAGCAAUUGCUUAAGAUUUGAAACAAAAUAGUGUGUGAUUGUGACCAACAUGACAUUCUUUCAUAGUUUCAGUUACCCCCCACCACCACUACCAAAUUAUCUGAGCAAAAUAUCCAUGUUGUGUCACAUGAAUCUCACACUUGUAAGUAGACUUUAUGUGGUUUGGUUAAGUUAUAAUUGCAUUUGAUAAAUAUCUUUAUGGGAAAUGAAUGCAAAUCCCAGUCCUUUCAUUACAUAAUAAAAAAAAUGCUGCAAA